GCUGUAGGCCCUAGUGGCUGCCGUCGAAAUGGGCAAGUUCAUGAAACCCGGGAAGGUGGUGCUGGUCCUGGCCGGACGCUACUCGGGACGCAAAGCCGUGAUCAUUAAGAACAGCCACGAUGGCACCUCGGACCGCCCCUACAGCCACGCGCUGGUGGCCGGCAUCGACCGCUAUCCCCGCAAAGUGACAGCCGCCACGGGCAAGAAAAAAAUCGCCAAACGCUCCAACAUCAAGUCGUUCGUGAAAGUUUAUAACUACAACGACCUCAUGCCCACCAGGUACUCCGUGGAUAUUCCCAUGGACAAAACUGUGGUGAUCAAGGAUGUCCUCAGAGACCCUGCUCUGAAACGCAAGGCCCGGCGGGAGGCCAAGAUCAAGUUUGAGGAGAGGCACAAGACUGGCAAAAACAAGUGGUUCUUCCAAAAGCUGCGGUUUUAGAUAUUGUUUCUUGUUCCACUCAUUAAAGACUUAAAAAAAAAAAAAAA